AUGGAAGGCAACACCCUCCCCCUCGCGCAGUAUCUGUUCACCCGCUUACGCCAAUUGGGUGUUGACUCCUUGUUCGGCGUCCCGGGCGACUAUAACCUCACGCUCCUUGACCAUGUCGUGCCCUCGGGCCUCAAAUGGGUGGGGAACUGUAAUGAGUUGAAUGCUGGUUAUGCCGCGGAUGGCUACUCUCGAAUCAAAGGCAUCGGUGCCUUGGUCACCACAUUCGGCGUCGGCGAGCUGUCUGCCGUCAAUGCCAUCGCAGGAGCCUACGCUGAGCGAGCCCCGGUAGUACACAUUGUGGGAACACCGAUGCGCGCCUCCCAGGAGACCCGCUCUCUCAUCCAUCAUACCUUCAACGAUGGUGAAUAUCAGCGAUUUGAUCGCAUGCAAGAGCACGUGACAGUCGCGCAGGUCGCCUUGAGUGACCAUCGCACAGCACCUGCGGAGAUUGACCGGGUUUUGUUGCAGUGUCUGCUGCACAGUCGCCCCGUUCGGAUCACCAUCCCGGUGGACAUGGUCUCCGUGUGUGUUCCGAGUGUCGGCUUGACCUCUAAGAUUGAGAUCCCGCCCCCCGUGCGGCAACCGCUGGUAGAAGAGGCGGCUCUGACAUGUGUUGUGAACCGAAUCUAUGGUGCAAAGAAGCCUAUGAUUCUCGUCGAUGGAGAGAGCCGAGCGUUCGGGACACUUGCGCAAGUGGACCAGUUCAUCAAGACCACAGGCUGGCCCACGUUCACAACGGGCUUUGGCAAGGGUCUGGUAGACGAAACCCUGCCCAAUGUCUAUGGUGUCUACACUCCAGCUUCCAAGGAGUUUGUGGACUCGUGCGAUCUUGUCCUCUCUUUCGGACCACACUUCAGUAACACCAACACCUAUAUCUUCCUGGUUCGGCCGAAUGACGAGUCCAGCAUCCUGCUCAACCCCACAUCCGUGCAAGUGAACAAGGACAUCUUCCGUGACCUGCCAGUCAAAUACUUUAUCCAUCAGCUCAUCCAGCGACUCGAUAGAUCCAAGAUCCCGAGUCACCAACAUGACCUGGUCCAUCCUUCGGCCAAGUCCCUUCCAGCAGUUACCCCCACCGAUCUCGUCACUCAGACUGGUGGAUUCUGGCGAAGAUUAUCCCCCUUCUUCCGUCCAGGUGACAUUGUCCUCGGGGAAACUGGCACACCAGGAUAUGGUGCGAACGACUUCGUCCUGCCGCCGCGGACCCGUCUCUUCAAACCAGUCACCUGGCUGUCCAUCGGAUACAUGCUCCCCGCCACACUAGGCGCCAGUCACGCACAAUGGGAUCUCAUUGCCCGGUGCGAGUACCACGAUCUUCUGGCCGCGCGCACAAUCCUUUUCAUCGGCGAUGGAAGCUUCCAAAUGACUGCCCAAGAGUUAAGCACCAUCAUCCACCAGAAACUCAACGUCAUUGUCUUCCUGAUCAACAAUGACGGCUACACAAUUGAGCGCUGCAUACACGGCCGCAACCAAGCCUAUAACGACGUCGCGCGGUGGCGGUACCUCAAGGCACCCGAGCUAUUUGGUGCCGACACAGAGGGGGAGUAUGCGACUCGGACCUGGGAGAUCCGCACCUGGGCGGACUUUGACCGCGUGCUGUCGGACGAGCAUUUGGUCAACGGCAAGGGCUUACGAAUGGUCGAGGUGUUUAUGGAUCGGUUCGACGCACCCGAUGUUCUGAUGAAGUUGUUGGAGCAACAGGUUGAGCGGGAGAAGACGCAGUAA